ACGUUGCCUUUUUACCUGACGACAGACACAUCCUCCACCGUUCACACGUUCUAUCCGCGUCCUCUCAUCGUUUCGGCAACAUGCGGCCCCUGGUGUUUCUCGCGGUGGUCGCCUCAGUUAGCUGUCAAGAAUACUUCCGUCAGCCAGAGAAGAUCCUGACGGAAAGCCGUGACUUGGGGGACAACCGCGGCCAUUAUUCGUUCAACUACGAAACGGAGGGCGGAAUCGUCCAGAAAGAGACAGGAAGUCGCAAGUACGCGGGCACGCCAUCGGAGACGCAACUGAUUCAAGGAUCCGUGCAGUACAAUGCCCCGGAUGGUACACCAAUAGCGAUCAGCUGGACCGCAGAUGAAUUUGGUACUCAAGUGGCGGGGACCCACGUGCCGACACCACCCCCCAUUCCACCUGCCAUUCAGAGAGCCCUCGAAUGGAUCGCGAAACAACCCUCCACCCCCGAUCCCGAGGAAGCUGCCAAAGACUCGCCCAGCCAACAGAACUCUGUACCGACCAGCAACAACCAGUUCAAAUCUCUUAGACCGAACCUACGGAACACCACGCGAUUCUAG